AUGCUCUGUCCGAUAGUAUGCUUACAAUAUUUAAAUUUUGGGACUCCUACUAAUGGAAGAUCCCUUAGGACACCGUCAAAAAAAUCCGAUGCGGAAUUUUCGAAAACCACCCCGCUUUUUGUAGAAGAUCCCACACCGUUAUCCAGAGAAGAGCAGGCCCUUUCCCGUGAUAGCUCUUCAAGCAGUGUUUCACCAUUUCUUUCAAAUACUCAAAAUGGUGAAAAUUAUUCGAAGAAUUCCAAUGGACGUUCAAGAAAUUACCCUCCUGCGCCGACUUUCGGAAACAGAGACGAAUAUACUCCGAGUCGAUCACCUAGUUUUGUUUCCAACUCAGAAAUGUCCUCAGCAGCAAUUGGAGUUCGGGAACGAAUCAACGAGUAUCAACAACGCAGUAAUACGGCCUCUCCUGCGUACUUCACAGCAGACCAAAAGAUACCACUGCAGAAAUUUCCUCCACUUAGUCUCAUACCAGAAUUGCGUCAACAGACGUCAGAACCAACUGGUGCAUGGGUGGAGCGUUUGAGAAACCAAUUAAAACAUUAUUUGGACCCAUCUUUUGUCGAGUUUGAUGUCAUUUUACGCUGGAUGCUCUCAUGCGGCGCUAGAAGAGAUGCUUACUUUGCUACUAAUGAUUCUUCCAUCUACUUGACCAUGGAUGACAUUCUUAACAGAAUGAAUGCCCAGGAGGAUUUAAAUGACGACGAAAAUUCCAGAGAUCCUUCCUUAGCUAAAACUGUGGAAACAAAGAAGGUUGAACUCAAUCCAACUGUUCUUGAAUCAAAAACCUACCGGCCAUCAAUUAGGAAUUGGAAAUAUGGGGUACGAGACAAUGGUGCUGCACCCGUUGAUAGAGCAACUGCUAAAUCCGUACGUUGGGCUUAUCCAAAUAUUGCAACUGUAGUUGAAUUUGAUCAUCAGUUUUCCUCAACAUCAUGCGAGAGUGUAUUCAUUUGUUGA